AUGACGUUUGUCGGCACCGUGGUGGGCGCGGCCCUCGGCCUUAGCACGAAGCUUCUUGUCAACGCCUUGCAGAAGGUCCCUCUAUCGCGCCAACCGUGGGAACACCUCGCCUUGAUCGGUGCCGGCGCCUUCGUUGGCAACCUCGCCACCGACAAUGUGGAAAAGGACAAGAAGGAAGUGGAAGCUCUCCGUGCUCUUCUUGGCAACGUCGAGCAACGCAAGGCCGUUCCUACCGCCCAAGAUUAA